AGCUGACUUGGGAACAAGUGUGGGAACAAGCAAGCACCGCUGGACUGACUCUGGGCCUCAGGACCCCAUUGCACACAAGGUCAUUUCCAAACCCUGUUAUCAGGGCUGAGCCAGGAUCUGUGGUUGCCAAUGGAUCUCAGCUGACCAUUAUAUGUGAAGGAACCCCAGGUGCUCGGGAUUACUAUCUUUAUCAAAUUGGAAACGAAAGUUCUUUGCAGAGAUUAACCCCGAUGAAGCCUAGAAACAUAGCCAAAUUCCUCAUCCCAAUUAUUCAAUGGUCCCAUGCCGGGCGAUAUCUCUGUUUCUAUCACAAGCCUCCUAGAUGGUCAAAGAAGAGUAAUACUCUGGAGUUGGUGGUGACAGGGUACUUACUCCCCAAACCCAUGCUAUCAUCCCUGACAAGCCUUGUGGUUACUUCAGGAGAGAACAUGACCUUCCAGUGUGCCUCAUGGGAGAGAUACAAUGGUUUUGUUUUGACCAAGGAAGAUGAGAAGUUCUCCAGGCUCCAGGAAUCACAGUAUAUAAACUCUACCAAACAAUUCCAGGCUCUUUUCCACACAGGUCCUGUGACAAUAAGUCAUACAGGAAUAUUUAGAUGUUAUGGCUACAAAAAUAGUACCUAUAUGUGGUCUAAUCCCAGUGACUCCUUGGAAAUACACAUCGCAGGACAGCUUCGUGGCAUACCUACCCUGUCAGUGCUCCCAGGUUCCAGAAUGUCCUCUGGAGAGGAUGUGACCCUGCUGUGUCAAUCAUCGCAUCGAAGGGAUAGUUUUGUUCUGUCUAAAGAGGGGACUGCCCACUCACUUCUGUAUUUAAGAUCAGUGCUGCAAGAUAAGCUAUAUCAGGCAAAAUUCUUCAUGAGGAAUGUGACCUUUACCCAUGGGGGCACCUACAAGUGCUAUAGUUCUGAAGACUUAUACCCCUACAUGCUGUCAUACCCCAGUAACCCUGUGGAGCUUGUGGUUUCGGGAUCCUAUGAAGACCCCAACUCCUUAUCCGAAGAGCCCAUUCCAACAUCUGCCCAGAGAGAGAUCACCAGUGUACAACUUCUUGCAGAGGCUAUGGAGCCAGUGACUAUGGACAGAGGUCCUCAGAAGAGUUCAAUUUCAGCUGCUUCCAUCCAUGAAAAAAACCUGUAUGAGAGAAAGAAGAUCCUGAGUAGAGAGAUGCCCAAGGUCUCAGUUCACAGGGCAACUGGAGAGGCUCUGGUGUCCAAACUCUGAGGACAUAAACCCUCACUAUAGAACCAGGAUAUCACUACACUCCCGUGCUUUUUCUAUUCAUCUUCUGCUUCACAGAGCCUGAGGAUGAUGUGGAGCUGGCCAGUUGGGUGAGGUCCCUGUCUCCACUUCAUCUGAAGUGCUAAGAUUUAGAUCUCAAGUUCACCCAGAGGACCUUUUCUCCUUUUAUGUUCUCUCUCUCUC